AUGUGCACGCGCACGUUGCUCACACCUCAGUGGAUACGUAGGGCUCGUUUUGCUGCUGUUGGGAGGGUGUUGGCUGAGAGAGAGGGAGGUUUCUGUUCCGCCCCCUCCACCGCAUCAGCCUGGGCUGACCGGCUUCAUGUGAAGAAACGACUGAACUGCCCAGUCAGAGGAAGCAAAACCAGCGGUAGCACGACAGCGACGAGUGAACUAGACUCUCUGCUCUACCCAUCCAUCUUAGCCAUGGUUCUGUGUGAGGAUGGCGAGUGCAGCGUGUGCCUGUCGGCCUACUCCCGCAUGGACCGGAUCCCCCGGGUGCUCCACUGCCGGCACACGUUCUGCGAGCCGUGCCUGGAGACCAUCUCCCGGCUGCAUGGCGGGCUGCUGACCGUGGCCUGCCCCCUGUGCCGCAGGGUGACCUGCAUCAGCCGGGAGCGCAGCCUGCAGGAGGCCCUGUGGGUCAACACCCAGAUCUGGGACCGGAUCCCCGACCAGCUGGAUGCGGAGGGACAGCCGGAUGAGACCGAGGGGGAUGGAGUGAGGCAAAAGGCAGAGGAAGAGGGGAUGAAGGCUAAACAGAGACCCUCAUUACAGGCGGAAUGCGUUUCUUCGAGGUCUGCCAGACCCAAGAUCAGACUGCCAGCUUUCUUCAGGAAAUUCAGUUUGACAAAAGAACACCAAGAGAUCGUCCCUGGCAGCACUGUGGAAAUGAAAUCCUGGCGUAGACUCUCAACUGAUGAGAUAUUUUAAACAACAAGGAGGAGAAGUUUGUACAGAAAAGAGAUAUGAGGAGUUUAAGGUCUCAGGAUUUUCCUAUGACAAGUGCAUCAACAGGACCAGACUUAUCUUUGUCAGUGGAAAAGGAAAGUUGAGACCGUUGAAGAGCAUAAAUCCAUUUGUGUUCCUGUCAAGGCAUUGUUUUGUCUCCGGCCUGAAGGUGCCAUGUAUUUCCAUGAUUUAUUCUAGGCCUAAUACUCCCAGCUGGUGCUGUGGGAUUUAGUUCAGCUGUCCCAGUGGAGCUAACACCAGAAGACCCCAGAGCAGAUGGUCUCCUCCCCAUCAUCGCAACUGCCUAACAAUGAACAUAAGUGAUUGUUUUCUUAAUUUAUGACAACUAGUUCACAAAGCUUUUUAUAAAGUAAUUUUUUCAAUUAAUAUCUCUUGUUUUCAUUCUUCUUUCACUCACUUAUUCUCAUCUCAACAUGCAGCUUCAUUGGAUGUCAGUCAUCUAAAAGGAUAAUGAGCUUUACACUUUACAGUGUGCAUUAUUUAUAAGAAUAAAGUAAGUUUCAGUGACACAAAAAGAAGUCAGUAGGGAAUUGCUGAAUAUGAUAAUAUAGUAUUGCUUAUUUUGGCACGACAUACAGCAAAAAAAGCUGCCACAAAAGAUUCGCUCAGCUGUGAAAGUGGAUUAUA